AUGCGUCCACCGCCAGCGCUCUGCCGGUUCCUCUCGGAGCCGCUUCGCCGCGCGCAGUGCCUCAGCGCGACGGGCGCGGACAUGGCGCUUGCUGUUCUCAAUCGUAGGUGCCCCGUCCACGCACGACUUCGACCGCGGCAUCAGCGCGAGGUCGGCCUGGCGCGCACCUGCACGGACCACGUUGGCGCCGCCCCCCCGCGCAUCCGCGCGCUGCUCAUCUUCUACCGCACCUUCAAAGCUGCCGAGAGGUUCUCGGCCCUGACCCCGGAGGGGCUGCUCACCGUCUCCCCCGAGGCUCUGUUGACGGUUGUCGUGGCCCGCCUGGCCAAUCGCUGUUUGUUCCUCGAGCGGAAGAACCUCACGCUGUCGUCCGGCUCGCUGGCGUCCCGCUCGCCCACGGCGGAGGCGCCGAAGGAGCUCGGCAUCGCUCGGGCGAUCGAGGGCCAGAUGCGCCGGACACAGACGGCCCUGCUCGAGCAGGACCGCAUCAAGCACGACACGUACGCUGGGCCGGUGAGGCGUGGGCUCACGACCCCCUUGCUGCUCCCACUGCCCACGGCGGACGCGCACGCGCCGCAGGCGCCUGGCGACGCCUCGGUGCGCAGCAGCGCCGGAGCGAGCCACGCCACUGCCGCGAGGUACCGCUGCAACUCGGACUCGCCCGCGCUGCGGGCAGGAGAGUGCGCCCACGGCAGCGGGCCUACUUGGGGAUCGAUUGGUAUCAGAUCGCGCAGCGGCGGCAGAGGUUCUCCUUGCUCUUCUUCUUGCAGAACCUGUACUUCUG